CCGGCAGAGGCGGCGUGCGCUCGGCAGGUGCUGGCAAGAGGCUCGGCCCGGCCUGCCCCCGACGGGCGGCGGGAGGGGAACCAGCGUCGAGCCGGAGCGGGCAACGAACAAAGCGGCUACCGGGGGCGCGCUGCCCCGCCUGGGCCGGCUCGGGGCCACCCGCAGCGGGGGCGGGGUGACCGGGGCACCGGCCCCCUCCUCCGCGCACACACACGGACGCGCACACCCCGGGCACACGCAGCCACAGCGGGAGGAUGCGGCGGCCCUGGGCGCUGGUGCUGGGCGGGCUGCUCUGUGCCUGUGCCGCCGCGGAACCGCCGCGGAGCUACCCUCAGAGUGCGGUGCUGGACGGCGCGGCCGCGUACCGCCUGCGCUGGGCUCUCCGCGGCAGCGCCCUGGCCGUGCGCCUGGAGGUGCGCACCCGCGGAUACGUGGGCUUCGGGCUGUCGGCCAGCGGCGGCAUGGCCUCGGCAGACAUCGUGGUGGGGGGCGUGGAGAGGGGCCAGCCCUACCUGCAGGAUUAUUUUACAGACGAAAACAGAGUGCUCAGGAAGGACCCUCAGCAGGAUUACCAUCUGGAAUAUGCCAUGGAAAAUGGGACACACACCAUACUGGCUUUUAGCAGGGAGCUGCACACCUGUGACACCAAUGACAGGAGCAUAACGGAGAGCACAGUGAGGGUGAUCUGGGCCUACCACCACACAGACCUGGCAGAAGCAGGGCAGAAUUACCACGGGGCCACUCGUGGCACAAGGAGCCUGCGCCUGCUGCAGCCGGGGAGGGACGAAGCCUCCUCUGCCUCUUUGCCGUACUUUGACCUGACCAACAGAGACGUGCCUGUACCAGACAAGGAUACGACCUACUGGUGCCAGAUGUUCAAGAUCCCUGUGCAGCGGCAGAAGCAGCACGUGACAAAGGUUGAGCCACUGAUCCAGAAAGGCCAUGAGAACCUGGUGCACCACAUCCUGCUCUACCAGUGCAGCAGCAGUUUGAAUGACAGUGUGCUGGACUAUGGGCACGAGUGCUACCACCCCAACAUGCCAGACGCCUUCCUCACCUGUGAGACAGUCAUUUUUGCCUGGGCUAUUGGAGGAGAGGGCUUCAGCUACCCUCCUCAUGUUGGCUUAUCCCUUGGCACAGCAGCUGACCCUCAGUUUGUUCUGAUGGAGGUGCACUAUGACAACCCAUCGUACACAGAAGGCUUGAUAGAUAACUCCGGUCUGAGGCUCUUUUACACUCCAGUGCUAAGGAAAUACGAUGCUGGGGUUAUUGAAGCUGGUCUGUGGGUCAGCCUCUUCCACAACAUCCCACCAGGCAUGCCUGAGUUCGUGUCAGAGGGUCACUGCACACGGGAGUGUCUCGCAGAGGCUCUAGGUGCCGAGAGGCCUGCAGGGAUCCAGGUGUUUGCAGUGCUGCUCCACGCUCACCUCGCCGGCAGAGCUCUCAGGAUGCGCCACUUCCACGCAGGGGAGGAGCAGAGGCUGCUGGCCUAUGAUGAGCAGUUUGACUUCAACUUCCAGGAGUUCCAGUACCUGAAAGAAGAAAGAACCAUCCUGCCGGGGGACCAUUUGAUCACAGAGUGUCACUACAGCACUGUGGACCGGAGCCGCGUCACCUGGGGUGGUCUGAGCACCAGGAAUGAGAUGUGCCUGUCCUACCUGCUCUACUACCCCAGGAUCAACCUCACUCGCUGUGCCAGCAUCCCAGACAUCAUGGAGCAGCUCCAUUUCAUUGGUGUCAAGGAGAUCUACAGACCAGUCAGGACUUGGCCCUUCAUCAUCAAGAGUCCCAGGCAGUAUAAAAACCUCUCUUUCACGGAUGCAAUGAACAAAUUCAAGUGGUCCCCCUCGGAGGGCCUCUCCUACAAUGAGCUGGUGCUGAAGCUGCCAGUAAACGUCAGAUGCUCCAAGACUGACAACGCAGAGUGGUCGAUCCAAGGCAUGACAGCUCUGCCCCCUACCAUAGAGAGACCCUACAGGACAGAGCCGGUCAUCUGCAGCUCUUCUGCUGGUUCACAUUGCAGCUUGCUCCUCACCCUCUUGUUUGUUGCAUACCUCCCAGCCAGCACCAUGGCAAACCUGGGGCUCCCUGUAUAAGGCUGCCUGUCCCUUGGUGUCUCUGCCCUGUGACUCCUGUGUGUUUGCACUGUUGCCACUGUAGAUAUAUUUUUUUACAUGUGAAUAAACUCAAUUUGCCAGUUCCAAACAGACUGUCUGCUUCCCUCCCAGAACUGUGUUUGGUUUGUUUGUCAGUGUAGUUUGUACAAAGCACAGGUGGUCCCCUGGCACCCUGCACCCCCAGAGCCUGCCCCGCGCUGUUCUGCUACACUGUGCCGUGGAGCUUGCCCCUGGUGUUCCCACACUCAGCUCUGUGUAUCAGUACAUGCAAUAAACUGAAAGC